AUGACGCACUCCGAAGUGUCAUUUCUUUCAUUGGAGCAAUUAAGAUCUGCUAAUUUCGGUUUGCGGCGGAAUAUUGAACUAUGCCUGGUGUUGGCAAUAAGUCCUCAAGAAAAUCCCUCUGUAGCUGGAAGACGUUCUAGCAACAAUCUCAUGUCCUCCUCAUCACAAAGUAGUGGAAUUUACACUUUAGAAAAUCUUGAAGGAUAUUUUAAGUUGCAUUUACUCUCAAAUUGGUUUCCAUAUAACUCUGAAAGGAAGAUGUCAGCACUAGAUAUCUCAGAAGGCCAAAAUUCAUCACAUUAUCUCUCUUGGAGAAAAUUACAAUUAAGUCGAGCAAAGCUUAAAGCAUCAAGUAAAACUUCAGCUCUGCUUUCUGGUUUCGCCAUGGUUGCAAUGGUUGAAGUGCAGUUGAAUCCAGAUUCUAUGGUGCCUCCAGAAAUGUAUGUAGUAUUUGCCAUAGUGACUACAUUACUAGUCGCUGUUCACAUGUUAGCACUUAUGAUUAGUACUUGCAUUCUUCCCAAUAUGGAAGCUGUUUGUAACCUUCAUUCAAUUAGUCUUGUCCAUGAAUCUCCACACGAGCGUCUUCAUUGGUAUAUUGAGACUGCUUGGGCGUUUUCUACACUUCUUGGUCUUCUUCUUUUUCUCUGUGAGAUUGGUAUUUUAUGUUAUGUUAAGUUCUAUGAUGUAUCUAGAACUGCUGCUUGGUCAGCUGCCAUUAUUGUGAUUCCUGUAUUUAUAGUUUUUGUUGCUUUUGCUGUUCAUUUUUAUCGUUCACUUGUUUCACAUAAGUACGAAGUAACUGUUUCUGGUAUCAGGGAACUUGAGCUUUUAAAAGAGCAGAUAGAAGCUACAGAUCUAGAUCAAAGAAUGAAUGGUGGAAAUCAUGACAUACAAAUUGUAUAG